UAGGGACUCUUUUUCAUGGCGGAGGCCUCCGCCGUUUGGAGACGCAUCACGCCAGGGGGAGGUGCUGCGCGUCCAAGAUGGCGGCGCCCUGUAGGCUGGAGGGACUGUGAGUGACCAUGAAAGACACCAGGCUGACAGCACUGGAAACUGAUGUACCAACUGUCCUCAGAACAGUCUGGUAGUGGCCCUAAUGAAGAGCUGUCCAAGCCUUUAGCACACGUCCUGGAGCCUGCACAGCAUAGCUGAGUGAGAGAAUGGCCCAGCUAGCCAACAUUGGGGAACUACUCUCCAUGCUGGACUCUCCCACACUGGGCGUGCGGGAUGACGUGACAACCAUCUUUAAGGAGUCCCUCAAUUCUGAACGUGGGCCUAUGCUUGUGAACACCUUGGUGGAUUACUAUCUGGAAACCAGUUCUCAGCCGGUAUUGCACAUCCUGACCACCUUGCAAGAGCCACAUGAUAAGCACCUCUUGGAUAAAAUUAAUGAGCAUGUAGGCAAAACCGCCACCCGUCUAUCCAUCCUCUCGCUGCUGGGGCAUGUUGUGAGACUACAGCCAUCUUGGAAGCAUAAGCUCUCUCAAGCACCUCUUCUGCCUUCUUUAUUGAAAUGUCUCAAGAUGGACACUGAUGUUGUGGUCCUCACAACUGGUGUCUUAGUGUUGAUCACCAUGCUACCGAUGAUCCCACAGUCAGGGAAGCAGCAUCUUCUUGAUUUCUUUGACAUCUUUGGCCGUCUCUCGUCAUGGUGCCUGAAGAAACCAGGCCAUGUGACAGAAGUCUACCUUGUCCAUCUCCAUGCCAGUGUUUAUGCCCUCUUUCAUCGCCUCUAUGGAAUGUACCCUUGUAACUUCGUCUCCUUCCUGCGCUCUUACUAUAGUAUGAAGGAAAACGUGGAGACUUUUGAAGAAGUUGUCAAGCCAAUGAUGGAGCAUGUGCGAAUUCAUCCGGAAUUAGUGACUGGAUCCAAGGACCAUGAACUGGACCCUCGAAGGUGGAAGACAUUAGAAACUCAUGAUGUUGUAAUAGAGUGUGCCAAAAUCUCUCUGGACCCUACAGAAGCCUCGUAUGAAGACGGCUAUUCUGUGUCUCACCAGCUCUCUGCCUGCUUCCCUCACCGUUCAGCUGAUGUCACCACCAGCUCUUAUGUGGACACACAGAAUAGCUAUGGGGGCGCUACUUCCACCCCUUCCUCCACUUCUCGGCUGAUGUUCAGUCCAGCUGGGCAGCUACCUCAGAGUCUGAGUUCCCCAUCAACACGGCUGUUACCUGAGCCGCUGCAAGCUACUCUCUGGAGCCCAUCUAUGGUUUGUGGUAUGACCACUCCUCCUACGUCUCCUGGAAAUGUCCCGCCUGACUUGUCACACCCCUACAGUAAAGCCUUUGGGACCACGGGUGGAAAAGGAACUCCUUUGGGAACCCCGGCAACCUCUCCUCCUCCAGCCCCGCCCUGUCCCCCAGAUGACUGUGUACAUGGGCCAGCCUCCCAGGCCACAGCCACACCCCCCAGGAAGGAAGAAAGAGCAGAUUCCUCAAGGCCUCACCUGCAGAGACAGCCGUAUCUUCUGAAUGACCGAGGACUAGAGGAUUUGUCUUCAAACAAAGGUUCCGUUACUCUGGGGAAUCUAUCAGAUUUCCUAGGUGACCUGGCUUCUGAGGAAGACAGUAUUGAGAAAGAUAAGGAAGAAGCUGCGAUAUCUAAAGAACUUUCUGAGAUCACCACUGCAGACGCGGAUCCUGUAGUUCCUCGAGGGGGCUUUGACUCUCCCUUCUACCGAGACAGUCACUCUGGUUCUCAGCGGAAGACUCAUUUGGCAGCCUCUGGGACUCAGGGCUCCAGCGUGAACCCUGAGACUUUGCACUCCUCUCUGGACAAACAUGGGCCUGACACACCAAAGCAAGCCUUUACUCCUAUAGACCCACCCUCUGGCAGUACUGAUGCCAGUCCCGCUGGGGACAGAGAUCGCCAGACUUCUCUGGAAACCAGUAUCCUCACUCCCAGCCCUUGCAAAAUUCCACCUCAGAGGGGAGUGAGCUUUGGAAGUGGUCAGCCUCCCCCAUAUGAUCAUCUCUUUGAGGUGGCCUUGCCAAAGACUGCCUGUCACUUUGUGAGCAAGAAGACUGAGGAGCUUCUGAAGAAAGUGAAAGGAAACCCUGAGGAAGACUGUGCGCCCUCUACCUCCCCAACGGAAGUACUGGACAGACUGAUAGAGCAGGGAGCAGAUGCGCACAGCAAGGAGCUGAGCAAGUUGUCCUUACCCAGCAAAUCUGUUGACUGGACCCACUUUGGAGGCUCUCCUCCCUCAGAUGAGAUCCGCACCCUCCGAGACCAGUUGCUUUUACUGCACAACCAGCUGCUGUAUGAGCGGUUCAAGCGGCAGCAGCACGCCCUCAGGAACAGAAGGUUCCUGCGCAAGGUGAUCAGAGCAGCCGCUCUGGAAGAGCACAACGUGGCAAUGAAAGAUCAGUUGAAGUUACAAGAGGAAGACAUCAAGAUAUGGAAGGUGAGUCUUCAGAAAGAACAAACUCGAUACAGCCAGCUUCAGGAACAGCAUGACACCAUGGUGACCCAACUGCACAGCCAGAUCAGACAGCUGCAGCAUGACCGGGAAGAAUUCUACAACCAGAGCCAGGAGUUACAGACAAAACUGGAGGACUGCAGGAACAUGAUUGCAGAGCUACGGGAGGAGCUGAAGAAGGCCAACUACAAGGUGUGCCACACUGAGCUGCUGCUCAGCCAGGUUUCUCAGAAGCUCUCCAAUAGUGAGUCGGUGCAGCAGCAGAUGGAGUUCUUGAAUAGGCAGCUGCUGGUACUCGGAGAGGUCAAUGAGCUGUACUUGGAGCAGCUGCAGAGCAAGCAUCCUGACACCACCAAGGAAGUAGAAAUGAUGAAAACUGCAUAUCGGAAAGAACUAGAAAAGAACAGAAGCCAUCUUCUCCAGCAGAACCAGAGGCUGGAUGCCUCACAGAGGCGAGUGUUGGAACUGGAAUCUCUUCUGGCCAAGAAAGACCACCUUCUUCUAGAACAGAAGAAAUACCUUGAGGAUGUCAAGAGCCAGGCGAGUGGACAGCUGCAGGCUGCAGAGAGCAGGUAUGAGGCUCAGAAGAAGAUCACCCGGGUGUUGGAACUGGAGAUCCUAGACUUGUAUGGCAGGUUGGAGAAAGAUGGCCGCCUACGAAAACUAGAGGAGGACAAAGCAGAAACAGCAGAAGCAGCAGAAGAGAGGCUUGACUGUUGUAGUGACAGCUGCUCAGAUUCCUUGAUAGGGCAUAACGAAGAGGCUUCUGGCCACAACGGUGAGACCAGGACCUCCAGGCCUAGUGGUACCCGGGUCAGCUGUGGAGGCAGAAGCACUGGAGGCAGCAGCAGCAGCAGCAGUGAGCUUUCCACUCCAGAGAAACCCCCAAGCCAGAGGUUCAGCAGCCGCUGGGAAACCACUGUGGGUGAGCCCUCCAGCAGCAUCCCCACGACUGUUGGCUCACUUCCCAGUUCCAAAAGCUUCCUGGGCAUGAAGGCCCGGGAACUGUUCCGUAAUAAGAGUGAGAGCCAAUGUGAUGAGGACGGUGUGACCAGCAGUAGCCUUUCUGAGACCCUAAAGACAGAACUGGGCAAAGAUUCAGGCGUGGAAAACAAGACUCCCUUUAAUCUAGAAGCCUCACACCCAUCUUCCCCAAACUCGGACAGCGUGGGGCAGCUCCACAUCAUGGACUACAAUGAGACUCAUCACGAGCACAGCUGAGGGGUCUGUCAGUGUUAAUUUGCGUCUUUGUCAGCACAGAACAGGAGGUGUGAAUGCACGUUCUAGGCUUUUCUGUUUCCAGGGUCUGAGCGGCUGCUUGUGCAGUGACAGCUGGCGGAAUGUGGGAUGAUGGUUUUUAGGUCUGGCAUUGAGAUGCUUUCCUUCACCCCACCCCAGCCUCUUUCAUUUACCUAGCAGUAUGUACUAAUUGAGGGCCUGUGUGUGUCCCUUGUAGCUUUAUUUUCUUCCUUCCUCCCACCAAAUGGUUGUGUCCUUUGAACCUGUGCAAUAUGAGGCCAAAUUUCAUCUUUGGGCCCAACACACCACUCUGCUUUCCUAGGUGCAGAUAGAUAGGUGGCUCUUGGGUAGACCAGGCAGUUAGUGGCACUGCAGGUAAGUCCAGUUUUGUCCCUUCCAGGAGGCUGUAGCCUACAAAGUAGAUUGUCUUUACAGGAGCGUUUCCACUGCUCUUUUAGAUGCUGAAGUUCAGCAUCUAAAGCCACAGAUGUAGAGAAACUGGUUCCUUCACCUCUGCCUUCUUUUAGAAGCUUGGAUAUGCUUCCUAGAAGGCUCUGCGAGAAUACCAGUUGUUCUGAUAGUGUAGUUGGUGCUGUGGAGGCCACACUGCCUUACUCUCUGGAAAGCUCUUACCCCUCUCCCCCACUACCUCUUAUUUAUUUGGUAUUUGCUUGAAUGCUGGCACCAUGCUGCCUGUAGGUGGGUGUGUAGGUGGUCGUUCUGCAGUCCGCAGAUUGUGGGGAGUGGUCACUAGGAGAGGCACCCAGGAUACUCAUGCACAUGUGGAAGUGUGCCUUUGGCUGGCCCCAUCCAGCUGAGCCAUGGUUCCACCCUUCAGUCUGUUUGCCUCUCUUCGUCCACGUCUCUGAUUACCAGCUGCUUUGUGAUUCUGUAGCGGACAGGCUCAGAAGAGCCAGAAUUUCCUUAGAGUUUAUGUGACGAUCGUUCUCGGGCUGGGGAUACCUCACUAUAGUAGGUUUAGCAGCUUUUUUACACCAAUUCUGACUUUGCAGGAGAAAGUCCCCCUGGAGCUUCAUGUCAAACACUUCUGUUGGGAACAGCAGAGCGACUCAGAGUCUGGGAGGGUUGAUGGAGGUUGGUAGCCUGUACCACUGCCUUCCCUCAUGCUCAUGAGAGGUGACAUGGUGUUCGAUCAGAACAAGGUGGUGGCAGAGAGCCCAAACUCGACCAGUGCUCCUGAAAUAAAUGCUGGAAGUGUAAGAGUUGUUGCCUGAUAUUCUGGACCAGGCAAGGAGACACUUGGGAAGGAGCCAAGAGCUUGGUUUUCUUGUUUCUAUUCUAUCUGGUAUAUAAAGAACAGAAGGGUUUAGCUACAACAACGGUAAAACAUUAGAAAACUAAUGGUAUGAAAUCUUACUGCAUAUGGAAGUUUCCAGCCUAAGGAUGAAUGUCUUUUUUCAAAGUGUGGCAGUAAUUAUCCUAGCAUCUCUAAGUAAGGUGAGACUCAUUGUCACCGUGGCAGUACUGGCUGGAGACCUGUUAGGGCCAUAUAUUUGCCAAAGCUAGCCCACAGGAAAACCACGCCACUGACUAUUCUCAGACCAGCAGAGGGCAGCAAUUGCCCCUUGACGACAAUGCCGUGCUUUUCAUUUAGGUCUGCCCAGAGGAAAGCUGAAAACCUUGUGUUCUCUCACCUGAUCCAUUGUAGAAAAGGGCAGAUGAACUGGGAAAAAGGUCUCACAGUUAAUGGGAAAACACUGCUCCUAUUAACCCCCACUCCCCUAGCCGCCACACACACACAAGAUCUGUGCCAGAGAACCAAGCCUUUUUCCAGUAGAAAGAAAACUUACAGACUGCACAAGUGCUGAAGUUGAGGGAGAGGAGACAGCAGCAUGGUAGACUGAGGUACAGGCUGGAGUUCUGUACCCAGUGACAGAACCUGAGCAUCCUGUGUGGCUUGAGUUCUAGAAGGCUGUUGAGGCUUUUUUUUUUCCCAGCUAAGGUCGGGGGACUGUGACCUGAAAUCAUCUUGAAGGUACCCAGCCUAAACAUUGACUCUUUCCAAAGGAUUUGAGAAUCAGUGAGUGGAAGCUUCUGUUUAGAGGGCAGUGACAGAGCAUCCAGGGAUCAGUGGGUCACCUGAUGCUGCUGCAGUCAGGAGGGAAACUUCUGAAAGGCAGCUGAGGUGUAGGCCAAGGUAUGGAGCAGUAGGUGUCAUGGGCAGCCUGGUAUGUGUGAAUGCUGUGCUUGAAUGGCUCCAUCCUUGAAUCACUUGGAGUCUAUGCUGUGGUUGUCUCCUGCAGUCUGGAGUCUGUUAGCAGCAGCAGUACAAUGCCACUGGAGUGGAGGAGCAGGUCAGUGCCUGGGCCAGGAACUAAGCACGCAUCUGUCCAACAUUCCUCCCUGACAUCCAUAAGAACUUGCUUUAGGAGCAAGAGCAACAUGACCGUGAACAUGAGGGACGGGCUCUAAAUGGCAUCCCCGGAGCAGGCAGCACAGCUGCCAGGGGCAAAUGCUGAUUUGAUAGCUUUGCUGACCCUUUCAGGAAGAAAGUCUAUUCAAUCUUCUGGACUAAGCUGCAGAAGCUUCUGUUUGUGACAUGGUUAGCAAGGAGUCGCUCUUCUUAGAAGGCAAACUCAAAACCCAGGAAAAGUCAUGGAAGCCACAGGUGAUUAAAAAAAAAACCUCCCCAAGCUGCUCUGGCCAGUGACCAGCGCCUCCCUGGGUGGUGGUGGCACCACAAAUGACAAGACUCGGGGCCACUUGCAUCAUAUGUGGUCUCUAGUGCUCAGAGGAGAAAGACAAUGUUAGCAGUUGAGUAGUUGAAGAUGAAAAGAGCUGAGAGCAGAGCACAGAGCUCAGGCUGACAGGGGAGAAGUUGAGCGAUGUGUAGUUUGGUGUGAAGCCAGCCGGGAGGGACCUACCACUGGAAGCCAGAGAGAUCCAAAGAACAAGCAGAAGUACUGUAGUAAGGUGCUCGUCUUCCCGAGCAGUAAAGGUGGGAGACACUGGAUAAGCUGGCAGAGGUGUAGGCAUUGCACAGGCUCAGCGUCAACACAUACGGAGUCUGCCUCCGCCAGAGGCCAGUGGUCCUGCACACUGUGACUCAAUGGCAGCCUACAUCUGCUGCACCUUCACCCCAAGGUUGUAGAUCCACUGCUGUGUACACUGGAAAAUACAUCCAGUGUGAGGGUGUUUGUGUCCUUAUAUACAUCCAGAGAUCUGUGGCAUGUGCCUCCAUCCUCCCUUUAUCCCCACCUGCUCCCUACCCCCAGUUUGCUGCAGUCACUGAUUGCCUUGGGUUUAGCCUAUCUGUGUAGGUAAAAAUGGGAACUGGCCCUUGAGCUAUGUUCCCAUUCAGCUUCCCAGUCUGUGAGUUCCUGGUGUGCCCAGGGGAGCAGAGUUUCUGAUAUCACCCAUGUUUAAAUGUGCUGUAGAGAAGCAGCUGCAGCUACAUUGGAAACUACACCCUGACCACUUUUGGUCUCAGAAUGAAAUUAAUGGGGCCCAAGAAGUGCCCUGCCCUUCCCAGAGCCCCAGUAUUAUCCACCUCUGGAUAAGCAGGCUGACUGAGCCACUGGAGCUGGUCUUUGACUAGACUGAUCCCUCUCCCUGCCCCACCUCACAGUGUUGGAAGGGAGGUCAUGAUGGUGUUUGUUAGCUCUCUGUCAGGUCAGAGGCAGGCAGGCGUCUUUGCACUAGGGAGAUUCAGUGGUCACCCUUCAUGAGACUGGACCACAAAACACAUUAUGGAGGAGCAGGUUUUGCUAAGGCAUGAUUUAGUUUUAUAAUCAAUCAUGGAUUAACCAUAUAUGGCUAACUUGGAGUUUAAGGGUGGGGGGAGUUCCCAUCAGUGAAAAAAAAAAUCAGAUUUUAAAAAAUUUUAUUAGUUCAAUGGAAGUCACCUCUUCUCAAAAGGUUUGAACUUUCCCACUAUGACCUUAAAAGCAUGUCAAACAAUCCGCAUCGGAUGUCAUAAAUACAGGUUACAGGAGAACAUGGUACAGUCUCAGUGAAUGGAAUCAAAGGUUUGCUGUCCUUAGAAUGUUCUGAAAUGUCAAGGCAGUUGCUUGUGUUUAACUGUGAACAAAUAAAGAUUUAUUGUUUUGCA